GAGGACCAGUGCGCAGGCGCAGUUUGCCGGCCGCCAUCGCGCACUGGGGCUCCGGGCGGCUGGGACCGGCCUGCGGUAGCUGCGCAGCAGGUGGGUCUGUCCCGGGGCCGCAGCGCGGGGGUCAGGGAGCGACCCCGACAGGGCAGACGGUCUGUGGGUUCUGGCACCACCUGAGCCCACUGGGCAUCUGGUCAUCCCUGGCACCUCUCCUUUGGAGCCACCUUGUCCCCGGCUAGACAGUCACAUUUUCCAGUGCCGUUUUGCAAAGAUGUUGCCUUUGGAGAAGGCGUUUUCCUCCCCCAGGAGCUCCCCAGCACCCCCGGAUCUGCCCACGCCAGGUUCAGCAGCCGGAGUCCAGCAGGAAGAACCCGAGACCAUCCCUGAGAGGACCCCUGCUGACCUGGAGUUCUCCCGCCUGCGUUUCCGGGAAUUUGUCUACCAGGAGGCUGCCGGGCCCCACCAGACCCUGGCCCGGCUGCAUGAGCUGUGCCGCCAGUGGCUGAUGCCUGAGGCGCGCUCCAAGGAGCAGAUGCUGGAGCUGCUGGUGCUGGAGCAGUUCCUGGGCAUCCUGCCUGAUAAGGUCCGGCCCUGGGUGGUGGCACAGUACCCUGAGAGCUGCAAGAAGGCAGCCUCCCUGGUGGAGGGCCUCGCUGAUGUCCUGGAAGAGCCAGGGAUGCUGCUGGGCUCCCCUGCGGGCUCAUCCUCAAUUCUUAGUGAUGGAGUGUACGAGAGGCACAUGGACCCUCUGCUGCUACCAGGCGAGCUCGCGAGCCCCAGCCAGGCCCCUGGAGCUGGGGAGAUCCCGGCACCUUCUGAGACACCCUGGCUUUCUCCGGACCCCCUGUUUCUGGAACAGAGGAGGGUCAGAGAAGCAAAGACCGACGAGGCCAGCCCUGCCAACACUGAGCAGAAGCUGAAGUCCUUUCCAGAGGACCCUCAGCACCUGGGGGAGUGGGGCCACCUGGACCCUGCCGAGGAGAACCUGAAGAGCUACCGGAAGCUGCUCCUGUGGGGGUAUCAGCUUUCCCAGCCUGACGCUGCCUCCAGGCUGGACACUGAGGAACUCCGCUUGGUGGAAAGAGAUCCACAAGGAAGCGGCCUCCCAGAAGGCGGGAGGCAGCAGGAGAGCGCUGGGUGCGCCUGCGAGGAGGCCGCCCCCGCGGGGGUGCUGCCUGAGCUGCCUACGGAGGCGCCCCCUGGGGACGCCCUUGCCGAUCCCCCGUCGGGCACCACUGAGGAGGAGGAAGAGCAGCCUGGGAAGGCCCCGGACCCGCAGGACCCCCAAGACGCGGAGUCCGACUCUGCCACCGGAUCGCAGAGGCAGUCCGUCAUCCAGCAGCCUGCCCCGGACAGGAGCCCGGCGAGGCUGGGAACCAAGAGGCCGCACCCCGAGGAUGGGGACGGGCAGAGCCUCGAGGGCGUCUCCAGCGCCGGCGACAGCGCAGGGCUGGAGGCCGGGCAGGGCCCCGGGGCUGACGAGCCGGGCUUGUCCCGCGGGAAGCCCUAUGCCUGCGGCGAGUGCGGGGAGGCCUUCGCGUGGCUCUCGCAUCUCAUGGAGCACCACAGCAGCCAUGGCGGCCGGAAGCGCUACGCCUGUCAGGGCUGCUGGAAGACCUUCCACUUCAGCCUGGCCCUAGCCGAGCACCAGAAGACCCACGAGAAGGAGAAAGGCUACGCGCUGGGGGGCGCCCGGGGCCCCCAGCCGUCCACCCGCGAAGCCCAGGCGGGGGCUAGGGCGGGCGGGCCCCCAGAGAGCGUGGAGGGCGAGGCUCUCCCCGCACCCCCAGAGGCGCAGAGGUGAGCGGCUGUGCUGUCCCGUCCCGGAGGGGCCUUCCUGCAGGCCAUGAAUCCCAGACGAGGCAUUGGGCCUUUCCACGCCCCUGGGUGGCGGCUUCCUGUGGUGUUUGUGGACGUCCUCUGCCUGUGCCCUGAAUCCGCUACUGAGGCUAAGCGCUCCCAACGAGAAGGGUCCACGGGAAGCCCUCACCUCUGUAAACACACCCUGGGCCAGCGGUCGCAUCCGAGGGGAGCCGCUGAAUGUGGAAGAAGACUCUGCUUUCUUGCAGCCAUUUAGUGCCGCCCCAUGCUAGGUUAUUUGACAUUGUGCAGUGUAGAGUUGCCUUAAAGUGCGUGAUCUGCCAGUGCUUUCUUCAAGUCACCCUUGCCCCGAUUCCUCCUGUUUGCGCUCCCCAGGGUUGCUCAAGUGGAAAUUUUGUCAGCUGUUUAGCCUUUUCGUACUUGCGUGAUGUCAACUUCACUUCUAAUUUGCAAAAGCAGAAGCUGUUUCCUAGUUUACCUCACGUGUCUUUACCUGUAUGGAGUAGCUCGCAGAGAUCACAGAAAUGCUUGCAGCCUAAAGCAGGGUUUUCAGACCGUGGGUCCCAGCCCAUUAGUAAAAUGGGAAAUCAAUUAGCAAGUGGCCAGCAGCAUUACACAGCAAUGAAGCAGAAUAAAGUAGGCCAGAAUGCAUCAUGUAGUAAAGGCAAAUACUGUUUUGUGAAACUUUUCACCCAUACAUCUAAAUGUGAGAACUGGUUGCAAUGUAAGACGUAUUUCUUGCUGGGAAGUUGUGAUCAAAAUAAGUUGAAAACACUAAUAAAGAUCUGUCUGUCUGAGCAAAGGAGACUAAACUCCUUGGGCUACAUAAGGUGA